AACAGUUGGGUCUUUUUAUCUGAAACAAGAUGGAAGCUGGGGCGACCUGACAUUGAGGAAGAACAGAGCGACCGAGCGGAGCGACAACGAUGGCGGAUUACCACUUCGUGUACAAGGACGUCGAAGGAGCGUCCACCCAGUGGGACGACAUACAGAGGAAGCUCGGCAAUCUCCCUCCCAAGCCUCCCGCCUUCAAGCCUCCUUCCUUCGCCCCCGCCCCCGAUUCCGACGCCUUGCCCAAGGACAAGUCCUGGAUCGAUGACAAGACCGAGCAGGAGCUCGAGGACCUCGAGGAUGACCCCGAUCUCGACGACGACCGGUUCCUCGUGGAGUACAGGAAGAAGAGGUUGGCAGAGAUAAGGGAAGCUGUGAAAGUCCAGAAGUAUGGAUCCUUGAUUCCCAUUUCGGGCUCAGAUUUUGUACGAGAGGUUUCGCAAGCUCCACCUGAAGUUUGGGUUGUUGUAAUCCUAUACAAGGAUGGAAUCCAAGAAUGUGGGGUGCUGAUGCAAUGUCUUGAUGAGUUGGCUGCGAAAUACCCAGCUACGAAGUUUGUCAAGAUUAUAUCCACUGAUUGCAUUCCUAACUAUCCUGAUCGAAAUUUGCCCACUCUGUUGGUUUACAACAAUGGUGCUGUGAAGGCAAAUUAUGUUGGUUUGCACAGUUUCGGCCGAAGAUGCACCCCCGAAGGUGUAGCAUUGGUUCUCUGCCAGUCGGAUCCUGUACUUAAUGAUGGCCAAAGUGGAGGUGACGAGUCCAGAAAAGCUGUGAUCGAUGGAGUUCGUAAGAGGUUCAUAGAAAAAGUCGUGAGAGACCACGAAGACGACGAUGAUGGAUCAUCAAGUGAUUAGUCAAUUAAGCGAUUUCCAUUUUACCCUUUUUUUUUUGCCUGACCUUGUCCAGGUCUUGGUUUUUCUGUAAUGCAAAGAGUGGAUCAGGAGUUGACCCCAUUUUGUCCUGCUGUCUUGCUCCUCUCCAUCGAUCUAUUUGUUCAGUUUCAGUUCACUCUUCUGAGUGAUCCUUUGUACUCUGAGUUCAGGUUGAAUUAGAGUAAUGCAAUUUAGCCACCGAUUCCCAUC